CAAUUGUGUACAAUCUGCUCUCUGCCAUGAUUGCUUAUAUAGGAAUGCUCAUAGGCACGGCAGUCAGUCAGUUUGCCAACAACAUCACACUCUGGAUCUUCACAAUCAUGGCUGGCAUGUUCCUCUAUGUGGCCUUGGUGGAUAUGCUUCCAGAAAUGCUGCAUGGAGAUGGAGACCAUGAGGAGCAUGGCUUCUGUCCAGUUGGGCAGUUCAUUCUUCAGAAUUUAGGACUGCUGUUUGGAUUCGCCAUCAUGCUGGUUAUCGCCCUCUAUGAAGACAGAAUUGUGUUUGACAUCCAGUUCUGACCAUUCCCGGUAUCUCUGUUGAUUGUGGGAAUGCUCGUGCAGCUUGCCUCUGUUCCUUGUACUGUAUGCACGUCGCUCAGAGAAUCUAGAAGCC